CGCCCAAGCUCGCGCCAUUUGGCACAUCUCCUGCACCAGCGCCCGCACAAUAAACCUUCGGCUCUUCAGAAGAUGACCACCUCUGUCGCACCAGCAGCGCAGCUCCCAACCACUAGCAUACCCAGCCUCUUGUCGAUGCUCCCAAAUGACAAGUACCGCGGGGCGGUCGUGGAGGAUCUACAAUUGCCACCAGCGUUCUCGCUUCCGUCGAAUGAGAGCAUCUCGCGCGCGAUUGAACUUGCGUAUGAUCGCGACUUCUCGCACAUACCUGUCCUGAACAACAACCGCCGUCCGCUCGGAUACAUCGACGUCCCCGCGCUCAAGAUCAAAUGGGAAGCAGGAACUGCUGACCCUAGCGACAGCGUCACGAAGUACAUGACCAAGUUCAGGCGCAGGGCAUCGCAGCCCUACUCGCUCAUCACGCCCGCUACACCCCUCGCCGAACUCGAGGAAUUUCUCAAGGAUAACAUCUUUGCACUUGUCACGGAUAACGAUCGGAAGUUCGUUCUCGCCGUCGCAACGCCCUCGGACCUGCAGACCUUCGUUACCCGAAGAGGGAUUUAAUCUAACCGAUCUUUGACAUCUUUGUUACGUCCUUCGGGCCUUCAAUGUCCCCUUGUCCAACAAUCCACGUCGUUUCACAUCGUACAGAGUUCUUAUUGCGCCGAUUGUAUAUAAUGUAUGUACAGAUUCAAGAUCCAUGGGAAUAUGCGAAUCAUAAGGAUAUACAACACCAUCU